AUGAGAUCAUCAGUUAAAAUAUCCGCUUUUGUAACUCUAGUGGGUAUUUUGAUUUUGUACAAUCUCCUACGCGUAACAGCACCACCAAUCAAAAUAAGCUGGGAACAAUACGUUCAGCAGCAGAACGGAACGAAAAGCAUUUUAUUAUGGAACGCUUCCGGAGGCACGUUGCAGUCCAAAAAAGGCCGAGUGGAAGUGACAUCUUUCGGUACGGGCAAAGACGUGUUCGCCGAAAAGAAUUGCACUUACACUCGAUGUGAAAUAGUGGACAACCGAUGGGAUCGUCCGCUCGAAUAUUACGACGCAAUCGUGGUGUUGUUUAAUGACGAAUUCGUGACGGCCGAUCAACUGAAGAUGCCCGAAUUCGGAAUAAAAAGAAAUCAAAGUCAACGACUCGUCUUUGCUUCACAAGAAGCUCCCCCAGCGCUGAAACCAUAUUACAACAUGACUCAAUUAGCUCAUUUUUUCAAUUGGACAAUGACGUACAGAAUGGACUCUGAUAUUCGAUUACUCUACGGUCGGAUUAUUCCAAAAGAAAACGCUCCUCGGACACCAGAAGAGAUAAGUCAUUUAAGAGAAAGAGCUCGUGUUAGUUCACCGCCAGACGCAGUUCGCAACAAGACCAAAUCAGUCGCCUGGAUGGUUUCUCAUUGCAACACACACAGCCAACGAGAAACGUACGUCAAAGAGCUAAGCAAAUACAUCGACGUCGAUAUUUUUGGUAAAUGUGGCCACUUGACUUGCACAAAACACCCAUUGCAUAUCUCCGAUCCCCAAUGUUACGACAUGAUCGAGUUAACCUACAAAUUCUACUUGUCAUUCGAAAAUGCCAUUUGCCCAGACUACGUCACUGAAAAGUUUUUCAAAAUUAUGGGCCACCACAUCGUUCCGGUUGUCUACGGAGGAGCCGAUUACACCCAACACGCACCGCCCCACUCGUACAUCGACGCCCGCAAGUUCAAACCCAAAGAAUUGGCCGCUUAUCUCAAAUUACUCGAUGCAAACGACACGCUCUACAACGAGUAUUUCUGGUGGAAGGAUUACUAUCGUGUGGAGUAUAGCAUUGAAGACACGACGCGUCAUGGAUUUUGUGACAUGUGCCAAAAACUGCACGAGCUAAAAGAUGAGGAUUAUCAAUGGUAUAAAGAUCUGGAUUCUGAAUGGGGCGAAAGUAACAAGUGUCAACCAAUUGAUCCCAGCUGGAUAUCAGAUCCUAGUGAAGAAAUAUUUCUCAAGGAGCACUGGCAGAAAACAUUGUGCUUUUUGUUCUUGGCCCUUCUUUGUAUAAGUCUUUUUGUCUGUGGUUAUUUCUAUAAAAAUAAAUCACAAUUAAGAGUGUCCAAGUAA